AAGGGUCAGUCAUUUUUCGACACAAAUGAAAUCAUUCGCUUCGAACUGGACUUUCAAUCAGUGGAGUACACGCUACGAGAGUUACCGGUCAGCGGCCGGUUAUCCAUACACGACAACACGGAAAUCGGUAACUCCCUGUCCAACAGCUACGUACUGGAGCCCGGAUACUACUACCAGUUCUACAUCAACCGGAAAUCGACGAAAAUGCUACGAACGCCAUACGCGACCGAUUGUGUCGAUUAUAUGGCUAUUGGCGAAACACUAGUGAACCAAACUCAGGAUUUUGCAUCCAUUGCCUUAUCGCGAAAGGCCCGAAUGAAAUGUGCGGUUGAGUGCCGACCCUCGUGUUGGACCGAUAACUACGAGCUGUCUGUCCAGAAGUUGCCGCUCGAGUACUACGGCCGUGCGGACUGGAGUUCAACUGACCCUGAUCUGAUGAGUAACCCGGCUGUUGUAUCUAUUAGAUACUGGUCUACCGAGCAUACUAUCAACAACUAUUCGCCUAUGUUUGCCAUAUUGGACAUGGUGUGCUAUGUGGGUGGGCUAAUAUCCAUGUACACGGGCAUGUCUUUGAUCGCGGGGACAGUAGUACAGCGCCGUAGCAUUUUAUUGGCCGGCGGGGGUUUAUUGGCCGGUGGCCUAAUAGGUGGUGCCCUAGCAAACGGGGCUUUACAUGCCGGUGCCGCGGCAGUACAUGAAGUUAGCGCUGACAAUCAUGAAGGUGUCGAUGGUAGCACUCACUGUAGUACCGGUGCUACUGGGGUUGCUGGUAUCGGUAGUGCAAUCGGUAAUGGUAUCGGCAGUGGUAUUAGUGCCGGUGUGAGUAAACUGACGGGUGGUGUGACAGGUGUUUUAGACGGCAAGGAAAGUUUGAUUGACCAUGCUGUCGAUUUUGUUGCCGGGGGUGGGGUCAGUGGUGCUAUCGGUACGGCCGUCGGUACGGGUGUCGGCGCCGGACUGAAGGAAACGAUGGGUGUCGUGAAGGGUGCGUUAGGCGGUGAGGACACUAUGUUAGGCAAAGCUACCGGUGCUGUAACGGGAGCUAUAGGAAAUGGAGCCGCAGUGCAUAUGGAACUGGAAAAGAUUUAUUUGGAAAAGUAACAGGUGGUGGUGUCUUAAAUGCCGGCAAGGAUUUAAUUGGGAAAGUAACAGGUGACACUGAGCAAGGUGGUAACUGUGCAGAAAAUCCUCUUGGUGAUAUUGUAAGUGCUGGCACUGGAUCAGGUUCAUAUGGUGACCAAACCGGUAAUCUUUUUGGUGGAAAUGGAGGUUCAUUAAGCUUUGGAUUUAAAUAAAUAACUAUGUACCAAACAGAAUUUAAUUUGUUAAGUUUAAAAUAAUUAAAAUUUAAAAUUAGUAGCUUAUAUAACUUUUUGAAAAACUAUAUUAAUGUUUAAAU